AGGGAAGAGACGGCCAUGGAGAGCAUUUUUGUUAUAUGGUCCACCUGGAACUGGGAAGUCUUACUUAGCUAAGGCAGUUGCAACAGAAGCAGACUCUACUUUCUUCAGUGUUUCUUCCUCAGACCUGAUCUCAAAAUGGAUGGGUGAAAGUGAAAAGCUAGUUUCAAAUCUUUUCCAGAUGGCUCGUGAUAAUGCCCCGUCCAUCAUUUUCAUUGAUGAAAUAGACUCACUUUGUGGUCAUCGGGGUGAAGGAAAUGAGACUGAAGCUUCUCGACGUAUCAAAACAGAACUUCUUGUCCAGAUGCAGGGUGUGGGAAAUGAUGAUCAGAAAGUUCUUGUUCUUGCAGCCACAAAUACACCUUAUGCUUUGGAUCCAGCUGUCCGGCGCCGCUUUGAUAAGAGGAUAUACAUUCCUCUACCUGAUUUGAAGGCAAGGCAGCAUAUAUUUAAGGUACAUCUUGGAGACACUCCACACAACUUAACCGAAAGUGAUUUUGAGCAAUUAGCAAGAAAAACAGAAGGAUUUUCAGGUUCAGACAUUUCUGUUUGUGUUAAAGAUGUGCUAUUUGAACCUGUUCGAAAAGCCUGGGAUGCUGAGUUUUUCAUUAAGACAUCAAAUGACAUGUGGAUCCCUUGUGGACCAAAUCAACGAGGAGCUGUCAAGACUACCAUUGAGGAGCUUGAUGCAAAAGGCCUUGCUUCAAAGAUCCUCCCACCACCAAUCACAAGAGCAGAUUUUGACAAAGUGCUUGCUAGGCAGAAGCCAACUGUAAGUAAAGCUGACCUUGAAGUACACGAGAGAUUCACAAAGGAGUUUGGAGAGGAGGGGUGAUGCCCUCUUAACAAGUCUCGAGACGACUUGAUUUAUGAAUUAGAAGUAUAAUGCAGGUAAUACUGCAUGUUUAUAUAGUGUGGAUGGGUUCCAUCGAGAAGGUUGGAUAAAAGGAAUGUGGCGUUAUACACAUAUUAGUUUCUGCUCGUUUUAGCAGAUUUCUUUUUGUUUUUUUGGCCAUCAUUUUAUAAGCAGAUUUACUGUUAUCUCACAUAGAUGUCAGGUCUCAACGGUGAAUCAAUAUAAAUAUUCUCAAUCAAUAGUGGUGUUGAUGCUUAUCAACCAUUUUCUUUCCAUUUUGCACUUCUCAGUUGUCACAACUGGGUAAAGAGACUCGCUUUGCUGUUUAGAAAUAAAGAUUUUUAGCACCA